CUCCGAUCACACAGUGCUGAGACUGGCUCCUCUUCAUCACCCUGGCUUAUCCUUCCCUCCCAUGACUGGCAUUACAGUUAUGGAUUAGAUGACAAUCAGGCAUCCGCAUGAAAAUAUCAUGAUGAACGGUGAAGAGUUCUUUGGUAAUACAACAUUUGACUCUGGUUCACACAUCAGCUUAACAACGCUAUCGUAUGAAUACGACAGUGGACCACCAGCGACUGCCUGUGUAAAAACAGAUGUCCGUGAUUUCUCAAGAGUGUUCCUGCCGCAGUUCUACUUCAUCAUCUUCACCCUGAGCCUUCUGGGUAAUGGCCUGGUGCUGUUUGUGGUCGUCAAGUUUGAGCGGGUCUGCACCGUCACCAACAUCUUCCUGGUAAACCUGGUGGGUUCCAACCUUGUAUUCACCUGCGUGCUUCCCUUCUGGGCUGCCUACCACCGUCACGAGUGGACGUUUGGUCCCGCCCUCUGCAAGCUGGUGGGCACGGCAACCUACGUGGGGUUCCACAGCUCUGUUCUCUUCCUGACUCUGGUGACCAUCGACCGUUACCUGGUUGUUGUUCAUGCCUUGGCCAUCAGUCACCACCGCAGGAGUCGCUACGCUGUGGCGGCUUCAUGUGUGGUGUGGCUCACCUGUGGACUUGCAGGCGUGGGCCCAAUACUUCGCUACCAGGUCAGCAAACACUGGGAGAACGGCUUGGUGUGUGUGGACGAACAGGAUCCAUCCUGGAGGCCAAUCGACAUAUACGUGCACUUCGUGGCCUUCUUCUUGAUCCCCUUGCUGAUAGUGGUGUACUGCUACGUGCGGAUCAUCAUAACAGUGGCGUUUGCGCGCAUCAGCAGAAAGCAUCGCACCCUGCGGAUUGUCUUCUUCAUCCUUCUCCUCUUCUUUGCCUGCUGGACGCCGCGCAGCAUCAUGAAGUUGGUGGCGCUACAUACACGACAUGAUUGCAACGAUUCCGUGGACUAUGCUAACUACGUCACCAACAACAUCGCCUGGCUCUACUUCAGCAUCAACCCCGUCUUGUACACCUUCCUCGGACGCAAGUUCCGGGACUACUUGCGUGAGCUCGUGCCUUGUUUGAAGAGCCAACUGUUUGACUGUGGUGGCUCUGAGACUGAUCCUAGUUCCCAGACGUGAGUGUGUGAUGCACUCUGUAGUUGCAUCAUAUGACAUGACAUUACAUUGUUUUGCAUUACAUUUAAUUGACGCUUUUAUCCAGAGUGACUUACAGUUAGUUACAGGGUAUUGGUUACAGUAACUGGUGCAAUGUGGGGGUUAUGUGCAUUGAUCAUGGGCACUUCAGUCAUGGAUGGAGGUGUAGAGAGAGGGUGGGACAGAAGGCAACAUUCCAGAUUUUCCUUCAUUUUUUCUGUACAUUUACAUGACUUUUACUGGCACUUUUAUUCAAAGCGACUUCAAGCACAUAAUUUCGGACCACAAUGUGCAAGCAUGUUGGAUACAUCAAUUUCGUUUGCCCUGCGCCCUGGCAACACAAAGCAGCUAGUGAAUGAAACGAUAUAUUUGAACAAAAACAGAGCUCAAUCAAAAUCAACAGCCGAUGUAUGUGGACAUUGGCAUCAGUGUGCAAGAUUGUAAUUAAAACAGUAAAAUCGAAUAUUGGUUCAAUAGGCCUAGUAGGUCAAACUGCAUAGGCAUACAUGGCAUCAAUAGGCCUAGUAGGCCGAAAUGCAUACACUGCAACUUGGCAACAAAACGAGUCUAUACGUGAUUUUUUGUGAAGACUUGAGUGUGUUUGAAUGGCAUGACACACGGCACACAGACUGGAAGUGUUGUUGGAUUCCUGCUAAAACAUUACAAAGACUUAUGGUGAAUCCCAUUACACCCCUUAGCCCUACGCCGAUUCCCUUUGCCUCCACGUGUAGGCGUAGUGGCAUUCCGAUUCAAUUUCAGACAGAUGGGUAGGGGUUCGGCGAAGGGCUUUCAUCCCCUCUCUGCAGAGAUUUUCCAACACCCCACUGCGAUUGCAUUUAAAAAUGGGCGGCAAACCGCGGCAUCCACAACAGCACACUAGAUUCGCAAUUGUCGGUUUUAAAGUGGUAAUAAUGAUUCCAUUGUACUGAGUUUGACAUUGUCCUAAUGUGUGAUGGCCCUUUUCUCCGUGAAACGCACACAUUCCGUGAUUGUUGAAGGGGCAUCCCAAUCCAUAGGGGUUGCGUUUCAAGCCCUACACCUUGCGGCUUUGUUUGAAAGCACGAGGGGCAAAAGGAAGGCAAAGGGGUAGGGGUGGAGAUUAGUAAUGGGAAAGGCCCUUAGUAUGUGAUAGCUGGAAUUCAUGCGUGUUCAUCUCAAAGCCAGUUUAUUCAUCUAACAGAUCAAAAAUAUAAAUGCAUAAAUGGCCAUUAAAUUAAGCAUUGACAGGGCUCUGGAGUUUCGAUCUUACCCUAAUCACCAACAGAUUAGAACUAGCUAUCUUUACCUGUGCUCUUCCUUAAAACGGCUUCCAUGAGUGUGUCUGCGUGUACGGCCCAACCUUGAGCCUUUGUCCAGAGUCAUGAAAGUAAGAGUUAUUUGGGCUAAUCCCAUUGACCUCCAGGUUCCAUUUUUACACAAAGAUGGCGGCUCACAGAGGCUUUGACACACAGAUCACCAUUGACAUUCCAAAAUAGUUCCAGGAAGUAAGUGUCCAACACAGAAAGUGCAGCAAAUGUAAAUAUAAUUCAUUUUCAUUCAUUUUUAAGUCAUCUUUGCUAUGAAGUGGCUCUGUGUUAGCCCUUAGUGAAAAGAAAGCUUCUGCAUAGAAUUAUUGGACUCUGCAUGAAUAAUGUCACCAACCGAUUUUCUGUUCACAACUCUCUGAAUUCCACGGCUCUGCCUGUGUCCACCUCACUCAUCCUGAUGUUUACUUGCCGUGGUCUGUUUCUUGGCCAAUCUUCCUGGUUAAAGUAUAAACGUAACGACAAGCAGAUGGCCAAGCCUCUAAUGAUGACCUAUAUUCCUCAUGUAGGCCUUUACCUUUCUGUGCCACAUUUCUGACCUUUGAUAUGGUCAGUGUGCAGGUCAGUGUAAAGCUAGUUGUUUUUCCUGCAUGCAAACUUAGAUACAUAUAAUAAUAUGAGUCAUCAAGCUAAUCCCAUAUGGUUAUACUUCCGAGACUAAAAAAAGAUUUAUUACAACAUCUGUGUGCUGGUAGUCGUCCUGGGACACAGAGAGAAAAACACCUACGGCUCAAACACCCACAUCUAAACACAAUGAUGGGGGUUGAGAACAUUCCAGGCACACACUCAAGCACGUGCGCACACACACACACACACACACACGCUCAUGCUCAGUCAAGAUUGUUCUCCGUUGUUGUACCCAAGUGGUGGAACGGUCUCCCAGAGGCAGCAAGACUAAGCACAUCUCUUGCAGCCUUCAAGAAACAACUAAAGACCUUCCUCUUUCGAGAGUGUUCUAAUGCUUGAGCUGGCCUAACCCCAGGGCAGACUCUUGACAUGAUGUUUAGUUUAGUUUGUGUGUGUGUUUGUGUGUGUGUGUACUCGUUUACUCUUUAUUUACACUUUAAUAAAAAAAACAGUGGGGCGGUAACAUGGCCAGGGUAUGGAGAAUGAUGGGUGGGAGGAAAGUUGCCAUGGCCAUAUUCAUGAAUGCAACUAUGACCCAGUAAUUGCCUGCUAUCUCACAGUACAUCUUCAACGUUUUAACUGUAGUGUACCGUUAUUUUACCUAUACUACUGUAUAAAUAUUGUAGAACACUUUUAGUUUAACAAUACUAAUACUGUGAACGUUCUGUAGAGUACUGUUAUUUUAACAGUUCAAUUGCUGCUCCAAAAUAGUUAUAUACUGUGGUACAUUAAACAGUACUGAGCUGUAUUUGAUGUUUGGUGUGAAAUAACAGUAGAAUUACAGGUAAAUAUAAUUGCCAGUAACUCCCGUUAUUUUGCAGGGGAAAUCUCUUACAGUGUACCUGCAUGUUGUACAGUAGUAUCAGUGUAUAAUGUGGAAGAGUCGGUCUGGUUUGUCAGGUCAUAAUAUGGUAAAAGCUCUUUGAAUGUGUGUUUUUAAUUGUAUCAGUGUUGUUGUACAUGAUUAAGAACUACUGUGAUCUUUUAA